UAAACUUCCCGGCGGCAGUCCGCGGACACCAGCGUGAGCAGCAACACCGCAUUCCACGAGCUGGUCAGCUCCCACGGCUGGUUCGAAUGGAGGGACACACGGGAGACUACGUGUUUGCGUGGGCUCUGCUCCUCUCCCUGGUCACACAGGUUGACAGCCAGCUCUGCACAGGCCAGUGUAACUGCCCUGGCCUGGUGCCCCUUUGCCCCGAGGGGGUGCCCCUCGUCAUGGACGGGUGCCAGUGCUGCCAGAUGUGUGCCAGGCAGAAGGGUGAAGCGUGCGAUGACAAAUCCAUUUGUGACAUUCAGCGAGGUCUGCAGUGUGACUACAGUGCAAGCUAUCCGGGAGGCCCAGGAGAGUGUGUCAGUCAGGACGAGCUAGGCUGCGAGCUCAACGGCGUGACGUAUCGAGAGGGCCAGAAGUUCCAGCUCUCCUGCGCAGGGAUGUGCACGUGCUCGGGAGGGGGCGUGGCCUGCGUGUCCCUCUGUCCUCCCGUCGGCCGACUGCCCAGCCCCGACUGCCCACAUCCCCGGGAAGUCCAGCGGCCUGGACAGUGCUGCAAGGAGUGGGUGUGCGAGGACCUGGAUAACACCGUCCACAGGGACGCGCUGACAGCCCACAGUCCCCACAGGCUUCGGCCGCGUGUCUCAGGUCCGAACCAGAACCAGAACCAGAAUCAGAUCCCGAACCAGAACCAGAACCAGAACCAGAACCAGAACCAGAACCAGAUCCAGAUCCCUGCUUCACACUGCAUAGUGCAGAGCACGGAGUGGAGCGCCUGCUCCCGCACGUGUGGUCCCGGGGUCUCCGUCCGCGUCUCCAACCAGAACCGAGUCUGCCGUAUGGAGAGACAGCUGCGGUUCUGCCAGGUCCGGCCCUGCUGGAGCGCCCCGCCAAGGCCCCGCGUGGGCGGGGGGCGGUGUAGAGCCAGUUACCAGCUGGCGCUGCCGGAGCGACUGGAGCACGGGGGGUGUCACAGCGCGCAGGCCUACAGGCCCAGGUACUGCGGCCUGUGCGCCGACGGCCGCUGCUGCACCCCCUACCGCACCCGCACCGUCCCGGUGACCUUCGCCUGCCCCGCCGAGGGCAGGGGGGGGCGCUACCGAGUCUACCCCGUCAUGGUGAUCGACUCCUGCGUCUGUCACUACAACUGCCCCCGCCCCUACGCGGCCACGUCCGGGGGAACUGCGCUCCGGACCUAGAGCGCCCUCACAUGGUGAGCCCUGAACCCACACCCCAUGCCAAAGAUGGUAUAUAUUAUCGCUGAUAUAAUUAUAUGAAGUGAUUAAAAUGGGAGUCUUCUCUCCUUCCCAGUAAUGGCGGCAAUGUCUGUGACUUAAUUACGGGCCUGGAUUCAGAAGGGCUCCUCCUGCUGUACCGGAUGACUGGAGAAAAAACCCACCUGUGCUUUUUCUCACAAAACAUAGAACAGCUCUUUCACCACCCCUUGACCCCUUGACCCAAUGACCUCUUGACCUUGCACACAGGGAAUAGGACAUGGUCGCAUUCUUAACUUCCCUGUCAAAUAAUAGGUAGCUUACAGUUUUUAAUCUGCUCAGAUAUUAAAGAAUUUAUAUUUUUCAUAACUUUGAACAAGAAGUACCUUUAAUUUCUUUAAGGUAUUUGGCUUCUAGAGAAAGGCUGAAGACUUCAAUUCAGAGAUAUAUACCAACUCUUCAGUUACUUAAGAUGGCUUUACAUGUACAUAAAAGGAACUGUAUAUAUCUAUACCAUUUGUUACAUUUUUUAAAAAGACAACUGCUUCAGAGAUUGCAUUCACAUUUAAUGUAAAUAUUGCUAUUACUGAUUUUGUUCAUGCUUAUAAUCAUCUUGUAAUUUUGAAAUGACUAUUUUUGUAAUUGUAAUUGUAUAAUUGUAAUUACAAAAACGUGAAACUUGGAAGUGUAAUUUUUGUAAUUUGGAAGUGUAAUUUUAAGCUUUCGUAGAUGACUAUUGAAUUUCUAUAAGUAGCUCAAGGUGUAUGUUUCUACUGUCACUGUAACAGUGGUACUGUAGUAUUUUUUCAUUGUGUUCUGUUUGCCUACCACGUACUGUGUAUUUGUUCAUCGCAACAUACAUUCACCUGUCCAAAUUGCAUAUGCAUUAAAUCAUUGUGUAUGUCUAA